CUCAUUCUUAUUUUGGCCGUAGAACGAACAACAGCGACCAGCGCGAGUGAACAAAAAUUAAAAACAACAACAACAAUGUCAUUUACAAUUACAUACCAACAUCCAUUACACAGAUGAAAUUGCAAUAUUUAUUUUGUUUUUGACAUCAAAAAGCAAAAAAAAGUCAAAUUGGAAAACAAAACACACUGUGUGUGUGAGAGAAAAAAAACGACGUGAAAAAAUUAUAAUUAUGCAAAACAAAUUGUGUUUGUGCAAAUGUUUCGAGAACAAAAACACAUGCGAGGAAAAGAUUCGUUGUUGAAAAUUUUUGUGAAAUUGUGAAAAGAAACCUCGAAACAAUUAUAUUGGAUGUCAAUGUGCUCUCAUAUUGGUUCGGUUCGUGGCCACAUAAUGCAUACUGAGUAGAAACGCAGAAGAGGAGCCACAGUGCACAUUUGGUGUGAAGGUGUCAAUGAAAAAAGAAAUUGUGUGCAAAAAUUUCCGGGGCAACAUCUUUCGAAACCAAACGACGAUCAUUGUAAAUUUUUUCUUCGACUGCAAUUACAUAACUUGUGUUCUUUUUUCUAAUUCGCAUGAAAAAAAUUACAAAAUUUGCAGAUCUCAUCAACAAUUCGAUUUUGUUCAUUUUUGUGUUUUUUGUCGGGUGCUCAAAAACGGUUUUGUGGUGGCGAAAAACCCUACCCCAUCAUCCAGCUCUUGUGUAAUAACAUUGAAUUCUGAUCGCAAAAGGAGAAUUGUGACAAUCGUAAUCGAAAAUAACAAGCAAUCAAAACAAAUUUAAUGCAAUUGGAUUCGUCCCUCCCAUGUAAUUGGGAGUAAAUUGAUUUUCGGUUACUGUUGCCUCUGGCUCAUUAAUCGACCGUGAUUUAGCAAAAAACGACGACACACGUACAUACAUUUUUACUUCCUCGUUGUCGCCUCCCCAGCCGAACCUUCUCCAACGUUAUAAGUGAAUGACAGUGUUUGGCUGCUGUUAUCAAAAGAGGGUUACUGCGUAUUUUCAGAUAAAAACAAAACAACAAAAACAAUCGUAACUCUUAACGUGUGCCGCCUAAAAAAAUAACAACAACUACAUUUUGGGCUUCCAAGCCAGGCAAUUAACUUGUGACAGAUAAAAACAAACAGCAGAGUAGUAGAUUGCAAUUUUGCCGUCGUCUAUUUUGAUUUCUUGUUAUCGUAGCUGAAAUUAUUCCAUCUUCUCAAGAAGAUAAAGUGUCGUUUUAAAAAUAAAAACAAAAACAACCUCAACACCACUAGAGUGCAAAAACAGAGCCCCCAACACAGCCACACCAUAAUAACUCAAAUUUUUACCGGUUUUUUACAGUGUGUUUUGAUUGCACAUUCUUCUUCAUCCCCAUUCGUUGGUUUGUGUCGUUUCAUUCGUUCUAUAUUUGUUGUGUGCGCAAAGAAGAAAAACAGCCGGUCGUCAGUCGUGCUUUUGUUUUCGAUUUUGUUUUGCUAGUUGAAAACAUAAUAAAAAUAUUACGCAUACCAUCACCCAAAGUUAAAGUGCAAACCUACUCACACAUAUAUAUACGAACGCUCGCUAACGCAUUCAAUUUUGAUAGUUCUUCGUUGUGCUUACUCGAAAGGAAUUCUAAAAUAGUAAUAAUAACUUUUGGAAUUUUCAUUUGGUGCUGGAAUUUCGUUUUUCAUAAUCUUUGAUAAUGUCCCAAGGACAAAAGGAUACCAUCAUACAUUUGGUUGCUGGCGGAACUGCUGGUACAGUUGGUGCUGUUGUAACAUGUCCCCUAGAAGUUGUCAAAACCCGUCUACAGAGUUCAACAGCAUUCUUAACACCGCCACGGAUAGAACACAACUCAACGACAAAUGCAUCCUCCGAAUUGCUGCGACCUGAACAAAGACGUAAACUUAGUACAACAAUAUUACGUAACAGGUCCCAACCACAGGUGAUUGGGGGUGUUCGUAGGAUAAUGGCCAUAUCACACUGCGGCAUCUCCUCAACAUCCACCAAAAGUAUGAGCAUAAUACAGUGUCUGAGACACAUAGUACAAAAUGAGGGACCUAGAGCAUUAUUCAAAGGUUUGGGACCGAAUCUCGUUGGCGUGGCGCCGUCACGUGCAAUUUAUUUUUGCACAUAUUCUGAAACCAAAAAUUUCCUUAAUAAGUUAGGAUUAGUACAACCAGAUUCUCCACAAGUUCAUAUUAUGAGUGCAGCUAGUGCCGGUUUUGUUUCCUCCACCUUAACCAAUCCAAUUUGGUUUGUAAAAACACGUUUACAAUUGGACUAUAAUUCAAAAGUGAAAAUGACCGUCAGACAGUGCAUAGAACGUGUUUAUGCCAGUGGUGGCAUAGCAGCCUUCUACAAGGGUAUUACGGCGAGCUAUUUUGGCAUCUGUGAAACAAUGAUACACUUUGUUAUCUAUGAAUUCAUCAAAUCCAAAUUGAUUGAACGACAAAAUGAACGUACACCAGAUACCACAAAAUCCUCAAGAGAUUUUCUAGAAUUCAUGAUGGCUGGUGCCGUAUCAAAGACUGUUGCCUCCUGUAUUGCUUAUCCUCAUGAAGUAGCACGAACAAGACUGCGCGAAGAAGGCAAUAAAUACAACACAUUUUGGCAAACAUUGCAUACUGUGUGGAAGGAAGAGGGUAGACCUGGUUUAUAUAGAGGCUUAGCUACACAACUUGUGAGACAAAUACCAAAUACCGCUAUACUGAUGGCGACAUAUGAAGCUGUGGUUUAUGUAUUAACGCGACGUUUUAAUAGUAAAAGUAAUGAAUUCUAUGACUUUUAAGAAGGUUUAUAAUUAAGUCAACAACUCCCUACAUCUUCCCCCUUCUUCGACCUAGCCGCCCCUUCUUAAUACUGUAGUUAGGUUUAUAUAGUUAUAGUUAACUAAACAAAACCGCAAAACAAAUUGUUUAUGUUUUAAUUUUUUGUGUGUUUUCAAAAACAAACUUCUAAGGCCUGUUUUUAGAAGCUAAGCUGGUGUUUGUUCCGUAUGGAAAAUCCACACUGGCAAACAAACACUUUGAAAAAACAAAACAUUUUAAUAACAAUUUUUUCGGCCUAAUUUUAGGCCUUUCGAAACCAAAAAAUUGAAACACCAUUAAAAAUUAAAACCCCCCUACCUUGUAAAAAAUGAAAAAUGAGCGCUUUGUAGUUUUAACUAAAACAAAGUUGCUAUGCAACUUUAAAAUUAAAAAAAAUAAAACAAUAAAUUAUUUAUUAUAAAAAUUUUUGGAAAAUUAAAAAUUGUUAAUUUCUAAACAAAGAAGAUACUGAACAAAAAAAAAACAGAAUAUAUACCAACGAAAAUUAUUAUAAAAAUUGAAAGAUAUUUGAUUUAGGGCAGCACAAAACUAAAUGCUUUUUUAUGAACAACCAAAACAAAAACCAACACCAGCCUAAACGCACGAAUUAAAUUCUAAGCUCAAAUCAAAGAAAAAUCAUUUUAUUUUAGUUUCUCAUAACAUCCCACAUUGAAUUUGCGGACAUCAUUAAAUGCGCUCUUAAAAAACAAAUCAAAUUUGAACAUUUUGUGAUUUUAUCGAUCUUUAGUCCUUAUUAUUUUUUGUUUUUAUUAUUCAUUAUUUCUAAAUAUAAUGCAUACAAACAACCUGUUAUACAUACUGUUACAAUAAAAUUUAAAAUAAAAACAAAGUCUAUGAACUUUUUGAAUAAGCUUUUAAUUUAUAGAAUAAACAUUUUGAUUUUUAUUUACAAGAAAACUAUGCAUGUAGAAAAGGUUCCCAAGAUUAAAAUUUAAAAAAAUAUAACUGUUUGAAUAUCCUUGCAUAGUCUUGUUUGUUAUCUCUAAAAUAUGAAUUUGGAAAAAAACUUUUUUCUAUAUAGCAUAAAGUUCCUUUAACUUUAAAACAUGUGCGCAUUGAUGCAUAUUUUAAGAUGGAUGAUUGAUAUUUAACAAUUUUGGGUAUUAAAACUAAAAAUUGCUUCAGAAACUACCUUUAUGGACUUCUUUGAUAUAUAUUACACUACUUUCAAAUAUAUCUUAACAAAAAAAUAACAAUAUGUAUUUCGAGGCUGUUUGCGUCCAAAAAACAACAACAUCCAAUAUUUCAGUCAUUAACUUUCAUUAGGCUUUAGUUUUGAUUUAAGCGUUUCGAAGAAAAUAAUUCAUUUGUGUGUCAUUAUUCUAUCCUAUAGAAAACGAAUAUUGAAAAUACGUUAUGCUUUAUGUAGAUCAUAGGCUUUUUGUUUAUUUUACUUUUUCAUUAUAAUAAUUAGUUGAUAUGUUGUUAAGUUAAUUUACGUAUAUACUCUGUUUCCAUACUCCUUAAUUAUCAUCUACACAUAUUGAACUUGUUUUGUUAAGGGAAUAAACAAUAAAAAUCAAAACUGAAAAGAAA